AUGGAGGAGAGGCGCCGCCCUCAACAACAAGAAAGGAUUUUCAAAGGCGCCAAAAUUCUCAAAGGCGCCUGCGAACGGGAGAGAGGCGCCGAAAAACAAACAAGCCAAAAUUUCAAAGGCGCCUGUGCAUGGAAGAGAGGCGCCGCCCUCAACAAAAAGAAAGGAUUUUCAAAAGCACCAAAAUUCUCAAAGGCGCCUGCGAACGGGAGAGAGACGCCGACCUCAAACAAACAAACCAAAAAUUCAAAAGCACCAUUGUCAAGUAAAAGGGGGGAGAGGCGCUUACCAAACGGAUCAGAGGCGUCGACCAAAAGCUUGGAGAGGCGCCUUUGGGGAGCGAGCAGCAACGAAGGAAGAAGGAGGCGCCGAGAGGAACAGGCAGCGCCGACUAAAAACGGGAGAGGCGCCGACCAAGAAGAAGAAGCGCCGACCAAAAACUUGGAGAGGCGCCUCUGA